AAUAAACACCACUUUAGUGUUUGAUGUGGUCAUUAUCCAGUCCCCAGUAAAAGUCUAUGCUAUAGCACUGGGGAUCAUCCAUAAGAGAGUAGCUUCACUCUAUGAACAGCUACAGUAGCGUGACUGACUGGGUUUAAACAACACUGUCAGCCCGCUGAGAUACUGUUAAGCCCAGGCAAUGUCAUUAUUCCUGUUCAUAUUAGACAUCUUUGUUGUAUUGUAUUGCAUUGGGUUGUUCCUUUCAUGUCCACAAUCGUUCUCUCCCUCUUCCCCAGUCAUCUCUCUCUCGCUUUCUCAUCCCUCUCUCUCUCAUCACUCUGUCUCUCCCUACCUUUCUCUCCCUCAUCCCCCUCUCUCUCUCUCUGUUAGUGUGACAGAUGUAAUGGAGGAUUAUUUCAUUAGUUGUGUUAGAGGCACAGCAGGUCACAGCCACAGCGGACAUUUAAUUACAUCACACACACACACACCCACACACACACACACACACACACACACACACACACACACACACACACACACACACACACACACACACACACACACACACACACACACACACACACACACACACACACACACACACACACAGAUUAAUUCAGCUGUGACAGGAAAGGCUGUGAUGGAGCAUGAUACUAAUAUAAACCACUCAGCAGGCAAACUAACCCUGGAGCUAUCUAUACAAAUCUACCUCCUCUACCUCUCUCUACCUCUCUCUACAUCUCUCUAUACCUCUCUCAUCCCCCUUUCUCUCUAUCACUCUCUCUCUACCUACCUCUCUUGGCUUUCAUGUCGCUCACAUGCUGGGACGACUCUCUGAAGGCAGGUGGGAUUGUCGCGAGUAUGUGUGUGCAUAAGUGUGCUUAUGUGUGUAUGUGAGCUUGUGUGAGCCGUGUGUGCAUGCUUAUAUGGUCUAUUGGUCUGUAACUAACAGCCAGUCAUAGUGGCCAAAAAAAGAUGGAUGAAAUACUGCUAUGGGCAUCAGUUAGUUUAGAGGUUACAGAGUUGGCCCAGCAACUGGAGGAUUAGCAGUUUGAAUCCCAGAGCCGGAGGGUUUCUGUUAACAGUACCUCCUGCCAUUGUUCUCUUCAGCAAGGCACUUAAACCCUAAACCCCCGGUCCCAAUGCUUCCUGGUUGCCUCUCGUAUGUGUGUGGUGUGUAAUCUCAGAGUGAUGGAACAGGAUUAAGGUCCUGAGAGAGCUGAGACAGAUCAGGCUAAAGUCUCAUCCCCUGAGGGUCUCUGUCUCUCUCUCUCUCUCUCUCUCAGUUCAAUUCAAUUCAAUUCAAAGGGCUUUAUUGUCAUGGGAAACAUACAUUGCCAAAGCAAGUGAAAUAGAUAACGAAUAAAAGGGAAAUAAACAAUCAUAAAUUAACAGUAAACAUUACACUCACAAAAGUUUUUAAAGAAUAGAGGCAUUUCAAAUGUUAUAUUAUGGUUAUGUACAGUGUUGUAACAAUGUUGAAGAGUUGAAGUACAAAAGGGAAAAUAAAUAAACAUAAAUAUGUGUUGUAUUUACAAUGGUAUUUGCUCUGCCUCAUUCAGGGUUUAUAUACACUUUGAUAUGCGCCACCUAGUGGCCAUUCUAUUUAACGGCAUCUAGUUUGCGGUUUUUCUUUGGCGCUGAAAAGGGAACCAGGAAGUAAUUUAGUUAAGAUUCAUUGUUGAGAAUGGUUGCCGCACUGCUUGUCAUCUCCUGCCAUCCUUGCUGUUAAAGCCUUUGAAAGCAUUGCUUUUUCACUCCGUUUCAUCAAUAAAACACUGGAGGUUUUUGGAAGCCAAUCCCUGACUCUGGUUCGGUUUCUUUUUGAAUGGAGUUUGGCUGGCUGUCAAAUUACAGUUACACACCAUAAGGAAGACAGCAUAGUGUUUGUUCACUGGUUGCCGUUUUCUUGUGUCAACAGGUUGCAAAUCUUGCUGCGGUGAUGGUAACUGUGGUAUUUAACCUAUUAGAUAUAGGAGUUUAUCGAAAUUGGAUAUGUUUACAAAUUCUUUAUGGGUUUGUGUAAUCUGAGGGAAAUAUGUGUCUCUAAUAUGGUCAUACAUUUGGCAGGAGGUUAGGAAGUGCAGCUCAGUUUCCAUCUCAUUUUGUGUUCAGUGAGCACAUAGCCUGUCUUCUCUCGAGAGCCAGGUCUGCCUACUGCGGCAUCUCUCAAUAGCAAGGCUAUGCUCACUGAGUCUGUACAUAGUCAAAGCUUUUCUUAAUUUUGGGAAUUGUCUUAAUUCUCUCUCUCUCUCCCUCCCUCCCACUCUAUUGUCUGUGAGUACUCUACUCACCACAGGAGAUAACAUAGAGAGAGGAGCAAGGACAACACACACACACACACACACACACUAGUACACGCAUUCAAUACACACACACACUACACACAUAGAUAAUAGAGAGCGUGAGAAGAGAGGGGAAACACAGAAAGAGAGAGGAGAUAAGAACAAAAUGUCACGGCAUCAUUCAGAGAGAGAAUAUGUAGGGAUGAAUAGAGAUAGAAUGGGGAGGAAGAGAGAUGAACUGCAGCAUGUUGACCUAGUAGUGGGUUUCUGUCUCUGUUAUUGUUCUCUCUCUCUAAUGAAGACAUUAGCCAAUCAAAUGAUGGCGUGCUGGUUCUUCACUGGGUACUAAUGGUCUCUUUACAGCUGGAUCACAAUGAGACAAGGUGUGUGUGUGUGGGGGGGGGGGGGGGGGGGGGGGGGGGGGGGGGGUCAUGGUCAUGUGUGUUUAUUGUACUGUACUGACUCUGUGUUUGUGUGUGUCUGUCUCUCUCAGGGCAGGAUCGUAGCGAGGCCGGGUUGAUCAGGCGGUUUAAGGGGGAUGGCGUUCGCUACAAGGCUAAACUCAUCGGUCUGGACGAAGUCACGGCUGCGCGGGGAGACAAACUCUGUCAAGAUUCCAUGAUGAAGCUCAAGGUGAGUGUGUGUGUGUGUGUGUGUGUGUGUGUGUGUGUGUGUUUGACCCUGAGGACAAGGGAAUGAGGGGGAAGGGGGUCUGGGGUAAUAAUGGAGUAUAAUGAGGUGAGGAUGGGGGAGUGAGGAGGUGAGGAUGGAGGAGAGAGGAGGUGAGAAUGGGGGAGAAAGGAGGUGAUGAUGGGGGAGAGAGGAGGUGAGGAUGGAGGAGAGAGGAGGUGAGAAUGGGGAAGAGAGUAGGUGCGGAUGGAGGAGAGAGGAUCUGAGGAUGGGGGAGAGAGGAGGUGAGGAAGGGGAGAGAGGAGGUGAGGAUGGGGGAUAGAGGUGGUGAGGAUGGAGGAGAGAGAAGGUGAGGAUGGGGGAGAGAGGAGGUGAGGAUGGAGGAGAGAGGAGGUGAGGAUGAGGGAGAGAGGAGGUGAGGAUGGGGGAGAGAGGAGGUGAGGAUGGAGGAGAGAGGAGGUGAGGAUGGGGGAGAGAGGAGUUGAGGAUGGAGGAGAGAGGAGGGAGGAUGGGGGAGAGAGGAGGUGAGGAUGGGGGAGAGAUGAGGUGAGGAUCGGGGAGAGAGGAGGUGAGGAUGAGGGAGAGAGGAGGUGAGGAUGGGGGAGAGAGGAGGUGAGGAUGGAGGAGAGAGGAGGAAGGAGAGAGGAGGUGAGGAUGGGAGAGAGGAGGUGAGGAGAGAGGAGGGAAGAUGAGGGAGAGUGGAGGUGAGGAUGGGGAAAGAGGAGGUGAGGAUGGGGGAGAGAGGAGGUGAGGAUGUGGGAGAGAGGAGGUGAGGAUGGGGAGAGAGGAGGUGAGGAUGGGGGAGAAAGGAGGUGAGGAUGGGGGAGAGAGGAGGGAGGAUGUGGGAGAGAGGAGGGAGGAUGUGGGAGAGAAGAGAUGAGGAUAGGGAGAGAGGAUGUGAGAUAGUGAUUUUGGCUCCUAUCUCAUUUAACCUGCUGGGUAAUUGUGUGACGGAAGGAUGUGGUGAAAAAGGAGAGGGGUGAGGAGAGGUGAGGGUGAGGAGGGGUGAGGAGCAGAGGCAAACGGUGCAUUGAUCAACUUGUUUCCCAAUUUGUUCAUCCAGACAGGAAAUACACACACACCAGGGUUUCCGUUUGGAAAAUGUGGCGCCAGAUAUUUGACCGGCAACAUUUUAAUUCACCGGAGAUUUGAGAAAUGUACCGGACCCAUAUGCAUUGAGUGCGUAACCUGAUUAGGGCGUCCACCCACGGUGCUCAGAAUGACAGAAAUCACAUUUAGAAUAUGGUAAUUCAUAUAAACAGAACAUGCAAGUCGAGGAUGCAAUUCUUACCGAAUUCUGAUGUGCACUUUGAACAUGUUAGCCAACAGGACGAGUAACGAACAGCAACAUUACUAGCAUAUGUCAAUCUACUAUAGUAAAAAAGUUUAGGCUACCUAUUCUAUUGGUCAGCUUGUCAAGAAAGAAAUAGCCUAUUCCAAACAGACUCUGACACAUGCUGACUAAACCGGGCACGCGCAUUUGUCCGCGUGCGCCAUCGCACGCAUGUUGAUUUUGUCCAUCCACACCAGACGCAAUCAGGACGCGCAAGUUGAAAUAUCAAAACGAACUCUGUACCAACUAUAUUAAUUUAGGGACAGGUCGAAACGCAUGAAGCAUUCAUGGCCAUUUUGCUAGCUAGCUUGCUGUUGCUAGCUAAUUUGUCCUGGGAUAUAAACAUUGGGUUGUUAUUUUACCUGAAAUGCACAAGGUCCUCUACUCCGACAAUUAAUCCACAGAUAAAAGGGUAAACCUAGUUAGUUUCUAGUGAUCUCUCCUCCUUCAGUCUUCCUCUUCUUCUUCUUCUUUGGACUUUAUAUGGCGGUUGGCAACCAACUUUAAGGUGCAUUACCACCCCGAACUGGACUGGAGUGUGAACCUCAGUUCAGCUUUCAAUCACCCACGUGGGUAUAUGCUGCUAAAAACCAAAGAGGAGAUGGGAGAGGCGGGACUUGCAGCGUGUCAAACGUAAAAAAUAGAACCAAGUUCUAUUUUAGCGCCUGGCUACGCAGACGCUCGUUGACGCACGCGAGCAGUUUGGAUGAAAUUAUUGAAUUACGUAUGUGUACAUUUAUUUUGCAACGCUCGCACACGUAAUGUGACCGGUGUGGUCAGCAUGUAAGACAGUUGUGGGAUGAUAGAUCCCAAAUUCGUACAACCAGUAGGCCUAGGCUAGAUAAAAAAACAUUAAAAAGUAAUGAUUUGACCUUGUAUUUUUCAGAGUUCCCAGUGAUGCGGCAGCAGCUUUUCUGCUGUCUGACAGAUUUUCCACUCAAAGGCUCUGUAUCCGUAUGCUGUAUGCGUGUGAUAAAUAAGAUACAUAACCAAUAUACUGGAGCCUACACACGCAGCAAUUUAAUUCCACUAAAUUAUGAAAAUUAACCUAUAGACCGAUAAGCAUGACCAGUCAAAUGUAUUUCCAUCGACUGCUAUUUCCAUCAAUGAAUAGGCUAAAAGUCAUUUCUUUCUUCUUCUUCCGGACAAUUGGCCGGCGCCAAUUUUAUUGAUUUGCUUUUCUAUUUUUUUAACGGCCAAAAGCCAGCUAUUACCCUGACACACACACACACACUUCUGUUCUCUCUUCUCUGCUCUUCUCCAUCUACAGUAAGUAGAUGUGUGUUUGUGUGUGUCUAUAACCCUGUCUCUUUGUGUCUGCUCUGUAGGGUAUAGCAGCAGCAGGGCGGUCUAAAGGAGUCCACAAACAGAAGGUGUCUCUAACCGUCUCCUUUGGAGGAAUCAAGAUCUUUGAUGAGAAGUCUGGGGUGAGUUUUGUGUCUGUAAGUGCAUGUGUGCGUAUGUGGGUCUGAGGUAUUGGUCCAGGGGGACAGGUGGGCUUGUUAACGAGGCAGCUCUAAGGAGUCACAGGGGAAAUCAGGAGGACCUAAUUGAAACCUCCUCAGUAGAUCAGAAUACAGACCUGGUUUAUCGUCUGAUAGCAAUGUAGUCUGUCUUUCUCUGUGUGCAGGCUGCCACAGUGUGUCUGUGAGUGUGUUUGUGUGUGUGUUGCCUUGCCUCUCUAUCUCACACACUGCAGCCAUAUUGCUUACAUCCCUGUCCCCUCCUCCCUCCCUAUGGAUGGAUGGACGAAUGGAUGGAUGGAUGGAUGGAUGGAUGAGCUCUCUCACGGAGGAGGGAAGGUCAUGGAGGAUGGAGAAGAGGAGCGAGGGAGCAUUAAUCUCUCCUCCGUCCCCACAGAGGGCGGUGCUCGUGUUCUCUCUCUCUAUCAUGGUCACCGUGGCAAUGGAUGAAUAGAACACCCAGGAGGGGUGGAGAGAGGGAGAGGCCUUUAAGAGAAAAAGGAAAAGUGUGUGUGUACGUCAACCACUCUCCAGCCUCAGCCUAGCACGAGAAACCGGUGUUCAAUCUACAGGCAUGGGAUGUGCGUGCAUGUGUGUUUGUGUGUGCGUGCGUACGUUCUGUGUGUUUGUGCGUGUGGCGUACAUGCGUGUGAUCCCAGGGCCUCUCCUGCUGGCUUGGUUAUUGGGGGGAGGGGGGGUCUCUUAUUAUUGUCAGGGCAGUCAAUGGGAGUUAUGACAAUCAUCAGCCUAGUUAUUAAAUAUGGAAAGCAUCAGUCACACACACAGUCUCUGUCUCCUACCACUAUAGCUGCUGCUGGGUGCUCUGUACUUUACUGUCAGAGCUCUGUGUGGGGUUGACAGAUGCACAUCUCUGUGUGUGUGUUUGUGCUCAGUGCUGUGUUCUGAGAUUGCCUCUGUCUGUAGUGACACAUCCAGUGAGCAGAUGAAAUGAUCAACUCGACUGCCUGCAGCGACGCCACUGUCAUUGUCACUUACACUCAGACACGCACACACGUACGUGUGGGUGUGUGUGUGGCAGCAGUAUGCAUGUGUACGUGUGCUAUGUGUGUGUGUGUGUGUGUGUGUGUGUGUGUAUGUGUGUGUUGGGAUGUCGGUGUAAGUAUUUGUGAGUGUGUGGGUCGAGUCAGUCCCUGCUCCCGUUCUCUGGGACAACCAGUGCCAUCUGCCAUGGGCACAGUCAUCCCUCACUGGCGCAAACACUCUGGCUAAACUGGGGGGAGUAGGGGAACUAAAGACUGUUAAACGAGCAGGCGGGUGUGUGUGUGUGUGUGUGUGGGUUGAGGAGGUCUAAUCCCCCUUCUUCCUGCCUGGCACAAAAACACAACAGGCUCACAGGGAAUAGUGUGACUGUCUCCUUCCGUCUGUCCUUAGUUUGGCAAGGGGUGUGUGAGGGCCACUUCCUGCUGAGAGCUGUCUGAGCUCUGAAAAGAAGUACUGCCAGAUCCUCUCCCUCCUCUCUCUCCUCUCUCACCUCUUUCCUCUCCUCUCCUCCCUUCUAUCCUCUCUUCUUUUUAUCUCUAGAUCAGUGGUCCAGUCUCUGACUGUGUUUCUCUGCCUGGUCUCUCUCAGGUCCUCCAGCACCACCAUGCGGUCCAUGAGAUCUCUUACAUCGCUAAAGACAUCACGGACCACCGAGCCUUUGGCUAUGUCUGUGGGAAGGAGGGCAACCAUCGCUUCGUAGCCAUCAAGACGGCACAAUCUGUGAGUCCCACACAGUGUGUGUGUGUGUGUGUGUGUGUGUGUGUGUGUGUGUACGUGCCAUUGUGUGUGUUUCUGUUGUCUAUGACUCCCCAUUGUCCUCUGCUAGCCCCAGGGAACAUUGUCCUGUUCACAUUUAGAUAAUGACCCUUGAAUCAGCUCUCAGCAGAUAGAGAGCACAGUCUGCUCUGCUGCUGUGUGUGUGUGUGUGUCUAUAUUCUCUCUGUGUUGUUGUUGUCUGUGUCUCUGUGUCAGUGUUUUGUGUGAGGCUGUCUCUGCUCUCUGCUGCCAUAUUGAUUUCCCACAGCGACUCGAUGAGUGUGUGAGUGUGUCAUCGUCUCUAACGACCCAUCAAUCCUCCCAGGAACUGCCCUGGCGCCCUGUGAAACAGAGCAACCCAGCAAGCUACCAUGUAUUCCUCUGGGUGUGCUAGGAGAGUUCCGUACCUGUAGUGUUUUCUGAGGACAGAAACGACAAGGGAGAGGAGAGAAGGAACAGAGAAAGUGAUGAGAGAGAGAAGAAAGAGUGAUGAAAGACAGAGAAGAGAAUCAGAGGAGGGGAGAGGUCAGACUCACACUACAUGAUUUAUCUAAGUCUGUAUCAGAGUUCAGAUGUGGUAGGAAGGAAGGAGGAACAUGUUGGAACGCAACACUAUACUGGUGAUGUCCGAACACUGUCUGUGAACUCCCUGUUAUGCCUCAAUCAAAUAUUAAACAUGAUCUAUAUUUCAUUGUUCCCCAGGCUCACCUCUUAGAAUCCACAGCUCUCUGCUCUGAAGCUGUUCAUAGUGAAACUAAGAAGUCACAUCGAAAUGCUUCAUUACACUGUGAAUGUGAGGUGAUAUGUGUGUGUAUGUGUACGCCCAUGCUUGUGUAUGUGUGUGAGAGUGUGUGUGUGCCUAUAUAUGUGUGCGUGUGCGCACUUGUGUGUGUGUGUGUUACAACUAGCUCUCACAGUCUCACGUCAGAAUUAGACGUUCAUCCAUGUUUUUCAAACAUCAAAUUUCGAAGUUGUUCCAAACGUCAAAUUUCAAAGUGUUUAAGGUUAAGUUUAGGCAUUAACUCAGAAAUCUUAAGGUUAGGUAUUAACUCCGAAUGGUAAAGGUAAGGGUUAAGGUUUGGGAUAGGUUUAAAACAAAAAUCUCAAAACAACCUUCUGUUGCUGGAUUUGAACUUGCAACCUUUGGAAUCAGAGGAAGAUGCUUACGCCCAUCCCCCAGCCUGUCCACAAUGCCCUAGUAAAACGGAAACCUACUUGACGGUAACAGCGCUCACUGUUGCCCCUAGUGGCCGGUUUCCACGUCAUCUCCCGACAUCCUCAGACAUGGAUGGACGUCGAAUACUGACUUGUAUCACGGGUGACCUGGCUGGUUACCCACAGAGCUACAGUGUAUUCGGAAAGUAUUCAGACCCCUUGACUUUUUCCACAUUUUGUUACGUUACAGCCUUAUUCUAAAAUGGAUUAAAUUGUUUUUCCCCUCAUCAAUCUACACACAAUACCCCAUAGUGAUGAAGCAAAACAGGUUUUUAGAACUUGUUGCAAAUGUAUAAAAAAAUUGAAACUGAAAUAUUAAAUGUGCGUAAGUACUUUGUUGAAGCACCUUUGGCAGGGAUUACAGCCUCAAGUCUUCUUGGGUAUGACGCUACAAGCUUGGCACACCUGUAUUUGGGGAGUUUCUCCCUUUCUUCUCUGCAGAUCCUCUCAAGCUCAGUCUGGUUGGAUGGGGAGCGUUGCUGCACAACUAUUUUCAGGUCUCUCCAGAGAUGUUUGAUCGGGUUCAAGUCUGGGCUCUGGCCACUCAAGGACAUUCAGAGACUUGUCCUGAAGCCACUCCUGCAUUGUCUUGGCUGUAUGCUUAGGGUCGUUGUCCUGUUGGAAGGUGAACCUUCGCCCCAGUCUGAGGUCCUGAGCGCUCUGGAGCAGGUUUUCAUCAAGGAUCUCGUUGUACUUUGCUCCGUUCAUUUUUGCCUCGAUCCUGACUAGUCUCCCUGUCCCUGCCACUGAAAAACAUCCCCACAGCAUGAUACUGCCACCACCAUGCUUCACCGUAGGGAUGGUGCCUGGUUUCCUCCAGAUAUGAUGCUUGGCAUACUGAGCAAAGAGUUCAAUCUUGGUUUCAUCAGACCAGAGAAUCUUGUUUCUCAUGGUCUGAGAGUCUUUAGGUGCCUUUUGGCAAACUCCAAGCGGGCUGUCAUGUGCCUUUUACUGAGGAAUGGCUUCCGUCUGGCCACUCUACCAUAAAGUCCUGAUUGCUGGUGUGCUGCAGAGAGGGUUGUCCUUCUGGAAGGUUCUCCCAUCUCCAUAGAGGAACUCUGGAACUCUGUCAGAGUGACCAUCGGGUUCUUGGUCACCUCCCUGACCAAGGCCCUUCUCCCCCGAUUGCUCAGUUUGGCCGGGCGGCCAGCUCUAGGUAGUCUUGGUGGUUCCAAACUUCUUCCAUUUAAGAAUGAUGGAGGCCACUGUAGUCUUGGGGACCUUCAAUGCUGCAGACAUGUUUUGGUACCCUUCCCCAGAUCUUUGCCUCGAUACAAUCAUGUCUCGGAGCUCUAUGGACAAUUCCUUCGACCUCAUGUCUUGGUUUUUGCUCUGACAUGCACUGUCAACUGUGAGACCUUAUAUAGACAGGUGUGUGCCUUUCCAAAUCAUGUCCGAUCAAUUGAAUUUACCACAGGUGGACUCCAAUCAAGUUGUAGAAACAUCUCAAGAAUGAUCAACGGAAACAGGAUGCAUCUGAGCUCAAUUUCGAGUCUCAUAGCAAAGGGUCUGAAUACUUAUGUAAAAAGGCAUUGCUGUGUUUUAUUUUUUAUAUAUUUGCAAAAAUGUCUAAAAACCUGUUUUCCCUUUAUCAUUAUGGGGUGUUGAUGAGGAUUCUUUUUCCGAAUGCACUGUAUAUAACAGUGUUCUACUACCUCUCCCCCUCCCAGGCAGAGCCAGUGAUCCUGGACCUCCGAGACCUGUUCCAGCUCAUCUAUGACAUCAAACAGAGGGAGGAGAUGGAGAAGAAAGCCCAGAAAGAUAAACAGUGUGAACAGGCUGUGUACCAGGUACACACACACACACACACACACACACACACACACACACACACACACUUUUACCUCACAUUCACUUACACACACUUGUACAAUACACACACACACUCACAAUGCAGAGGAGGGGACAGGACUGUUCUGUGUUUACUAUGUGAUUAUCUGCUGCUUGGGAAUGCUUGGUGCUGCUGCCUCUAUCUGUCAACUACACUGAUCUUCCUGGCUUUCCUCUUCCAUCUCUACUCGCUUGCUCCCCCCUCUACUCUUCUAUCCCCUCUCGACCUUCUAGCCGCCUCUACCGAGGAGUCCCCCCACCCGACGCGCAGCCCCGCACGCUAGAGCCCCCCGGACGCUCGAGCCCUCACUCGGCGAUCCCCCCGCGACGCGGCGAGCCCCCCGAUGCCCCCCCGCUACCCUCGCUACCUAGCCCGCGCGACGCGGCGAGCCCCCCGACGAGCGAGACCCCACGCAGACGAGGAGCCCCCGCGACGGGCUAUCCCCGAAACCCGCACCCCCGCUACGCGGCGAUCCCCCGCGACGCUAGAGCCCCGCGCGACGCGGAGAGCCCCCGGAGAAGCGGCGACCCCGCGGACGCUCCCUCGCUACCCCCCUCCGCGCCCGCGAUCUCCUUCUACUCUUAUAUCCCCUCUCUACUCUUCUAUCCCUCCUCUACUCUUAUAUCCCCUCUCUACUCUUCUAUCCCCCCUCUACUCUUAUAUCCCCUCUCUACUCCUCCAUCCCCUCUCUACUCUUAUAUCCCCUCUCUACUCUUAUAUCCCCUCUCUACUCUUCUAUCCCCUCUCUACUCUUCUAUCCCCUCUCUACUCUUCUAUCCCCUCUCUACUCUUCUAUCCCCUCUCUGCUCUCUUUCCCCCCUCUUCCCCUUCUCUGUCCGUCUGUCUGUCUUUAGACUAUUCUGGAAGAAGAUUUGGAGGAUCCGGUCUACCAGGUAACUUCUAAACACCAAUCAGAAUGCUUCUAUAAUGCUGUUAUCCAAUCAGAAUGUUUCUCUCUAAUGCUUCUUCCAAUCUUCCAAUCGCCUUGCCUGUUUCUCUGUGUCUGCGGGGGAUUGUGGGGGAGUCCCAGGGUACUGGUCAGACAGAUGGAGUUCUCUUUGUGUGUGUGUGUGUGUGGUUGUGGUUUUGUGUGUUUGUGUGUGUGUGUGUGUGUGUGUGUGUGUGUGUGUGUGUGUGUGUGUGUGUGUGUGAGGGUAUCUAUAUGGGAUUGCUUUGGGGCGGGACCCACAGAUGAUUCUGUUUGACCAAUCACAUCUUUGCUUCCUAUUCUCAGUCUGUCCUUUUCCUUUUUCUUCUAUUUCCUAUUUCCUAUUUUUCUCUUUCUCUUUCUUCCUCCUCUCCUCUCCUCCCUCUGCUGCCGGUGUUGUAGUACAUUGUGUUUGAGGCGGGACACGAGCCCAUCCGUGACCAAUCAGAAGAGAGCAUUUAUCAGGUACAAGCCCCUCCCCUCUGCUUGGAUCUUAUUGGUGGAGUUGUGUGAGUGACAGGAGCAGGGUUCCAAUGGGAAUAGAGAUGAUUAGAGAAUAACAUCACCUACAGCUUCACUACUGACAGACAAGCAACUGAAACCUGAGAGAAAACUAUACACACAUGCAUGCACAGGAAAACAUAGGAAACAGAGGCUGAUAAAAGAAUAUGCCAACAACAUGCAGUGGUGUAGACCCAGUCUCCAGGGAGGAUAGCCUUUCUAUGGGUACUCUCCUCAGGAGGACUGGGUGGCCCUCCAGGCGAUGGAGUGGGAGGAGAAAUGUGGGAGGUGUGUGUGAUGUUAUUCUUGGCCUGUGAGUAAGGCAGACCCCUCCUCCUUCCCCCUCUUCCUCUUUUCCCCUCCUCUUUCUUUUCCCGAGGAGAUGAAAGAGGGAGUGGGAAUGAAAGAGAGGGAAAGAUUAAUCACCAGGCUUUCGUUUGAUCUUUAAAUAAAAUGGAUUGAAAAUAGAGUGCGCUCCAACACACACACAAACACACACACACACAAACACACAUGCGAGAAGACGUGUUAGAAGUGUGCCACAGAGCCAACAGAUGAAUAAAGAUGUCUGCCUCUAGAAAUAAAGAACCUGAGAGAUGGAGAGAUGAAGAUGGAUGAGAGAGAGAGAAAAAAACUAGAGAACGAGAGAAGAGAAAGAGUGAUUAGGAAAGAUGGAGGGGAGAUGGAGGGAGGAGAGAUGGUGGAGCGAGUACUCAGGUGUUGGUAAAUCCAACUAGCUCUCACAAACUCACUUCAGAAUUAGACGUUCAUACAUGUUUCUCAAAUGUCUAAUUUCAAAGUUGUUCCAAACGUUACAUUUAGAAGUGUUCAAGGUUAUAUUUAAAAGGCAUUAACUCCUAAUUUUUAAGGUUAGGGUUAAAUUUAGGCAUUAGCUCUGAAAUCUUAAGGUUAGGUAUUAACUCUGAAUGGUUAAGGUAAGGGUUAAGGUUUGGCAUAGGCUUAAAACAAAAAUCUAAAAAACAACUUUCUAUCGCUGCAACCUUUGGCACCAGAAGCAGAUGAUUACGCCCAGCUAAACCGAAACCUACUUGAAGGUAACAGCGCUCAAUGUUGCCCCUAGUGGCUGGUUUCCACGUCAUCUCCUGACGUCCCCAGACAUGGAUGGACAUCGAAUACUAACUUGUAUCACGGGUGGCCUGGCUAGGUAAAUCUGUGGUCUGUUAUGAUGGACAGACAUUUUUGUCCCAUCAGGUUUUUAUUGACGUUUCCAUUCACAACAGAUCAAUCUGGUGGAUUAAUUUGUCAGUCUGACACGUCAGGGACAAUGAAUCAUCAGUUAAUCGAACGAAACGCAGAUAAUACAUAUAGAGACAUUCACCUGUAUCAAUUGUCUGUCUCUCUCUCUCUAUGGCUGUUUCUCAAAAUACCCUAAUCCCCAGGCUCUGGCCAAAGGUGCACUACACAAGGAAUAUGGUGUCAUUUGAGCCAUAACCACAGACAGACAAGUUUAUUACAUGUCUCUCGCUGUGAUAAUACCACAUUGAUCCAGUCUAUAUUGGAGAGCGAGAGGGAGAUGGAGAGAGAGAGGACGGGGGGAGAGAGGGAGAACUGCUCACACAUCAGGCUGAUAGUCCACAGAUGACUCUGAAUGAAGCCUCAACUCAUAGAUUUUAAUACAGAUUACAUCACUCUCACACACAUGCACGAGCAUAGACAGACACAUAGACACACACUCAGAUGCAAGCUACAGUCGUGGUCAAAAGUUUUGAGAAUGACACAAGUAUUGGUCUUCACUAAGUUUGCUGCUUCAGUGUUUUUAGAUAUUUUUAUCAGAUGUUACUAUGGUAUACUGAUGUAUAAUUACAAGCAUUCCAUAAGUGUCAAAGGCUUUUAUUGACAAUUAAAUCAAGUUUAUGCAAAGAGUCAAUAUUUGCAGUGUUGACCCUUCUUUUUCAAGACCUCUGCAAUCCGCCCUGGCAUGCUGUCAAUUAACUUCUGGGCCACAUCCUGACUGAUGGCAGCCCAUUCUUGCAUAAUCAAUGCUUGGAGUUUGUCAGAAUUUGUGGAUUUUUGUUUGUCCACCCGCCUCUUGAGGAUUGACCACAAGUUCUCAAUGGGAUUAAGGUCUGGGGAGUUUCCUGGCCAUGGACCCAAAAUGUCGAUGUUUUGUUCCCCGAGCCACUUAGUUAUCACUUUGCCUUAUGGCAAGGUGCUCCAUCAUGCUGGAAAAGGCAUUGUACGUCACCAAACUGUUCUUGGAUGGUUGGGAGAAGUUGCUCUCGGAGGAUGUGUUGGUACCAUUCUUUAUUCAUGGCUGUCUUCUUAGGCAAAAUUGUGAGUGAGCCCACUCCCUUGGCUGAGAAGCAACCCCACACAUGAAUGGUCUCAGGAUGCUUUACUGUUGGCAUGACACAGGACUGAUGGUAGCGCUCACCUUGUCUUCCUCGCUGCCCUUCUUGACACCAGGCCAUCCUUCAAAAGUCUUCGCCUCACUGUGUGUGCAGAUGCACUCACACCUGCCUGCUGCCAUUCCUGAGCAAGCUCUGCACUGGUGGUGCCCCGAUCCCACAGCUGAAUCAACUUUAGGAGACGGUCCUGGCUCAUGCUGGACUUUCUUGGGCGCCCUGAAGCCUUCUUCACAACAAUUGAAACUAUCUCUUUGAAGUUCUUGAUGAUCCGAUAAAUGGUUGAUUUAGGUGCAAUCUUACUAGCAGCAAUAUCCUUGCCUGUGAAGCCCUUUUUGUGCAAACCAAUGAUGACAGCACGUGUUUCCUUGCAGGUAACCAUGGUUAACAGAGGAAGAACAAUGAUUUCAAGCACCACCCUCCUUUUAAAGCUUCCAGUCUGUUAUUCUAACUCAAUCAGCAUGACAGAGUGUUCUCCAUUCUUGUCCUCGUCAACACUCUCACCUGUGUUAACGAGGGAGUCACUGACAUGAUGUCAGCUGGUCCUAUUGUGGCAGGGCUGAAAUGCAAUGGAAAUGUUUUUGGGGGAUUAAGUUCAUUUUCAUGGCAAAGAGGGACUUUGCAAUUAAUUGCAAUUAAUCUGAACACUCUUCAUAACAUUCUGGAGUAUAUGCAAAUUGCCAUCAUAAAACCUGAGGCAGCAGACUUUGUGAAAAUUAAUAUUUGUGUCAUUCUCAAAACUUUUGACCACGACUGUAUAAGAAACAAUUCAUUCUCAGUUAAUGUUGUCCGUUAGUCCUGACAAUGUACAGGCUUUAGUCUACAUUUGGCUGUCCAGUAAGGCUUUAUUUUAUAGUCUUGUAUUGCUUUGCUAUUUCCUACAAUUGGUACUUUCUGGUACAUUAAAUGAAGGUUGUCAUAUUAACAAAAGCUAAUGUGUGGUUGGUGGGCUGUAAUGUGGUGAUUGGUUGGUUGUCCAGGUUCCGACCAGUCAACAGAAGGAGGGGGUAUAUGACGUCCCCAAGAGACACCCAGUGAGUCCAGCUGUGUGUGCCUGUCCCCCCCUUGGUGCUAUGGUGUUACCCGUGGAUAUCCUCUGCUGUGGCUUUGUGGUAGUGUGGGUGGAGUCGCUGUGUAUGUGAAUUGGAGUGGGUGGGGCUUGCUCUAUGCUUGGUGCUGGUUGCAUGCAGUGUGGUGGCAGGUGGCAUGUGCAUUGCAUGCAGUGUGGUGUCUUGGUGAUGCAUGGCUGGCUGUGGUCUGCUGGUGAACGAACAAACAUGCAUGGACUGACAAUACUAGAAAGAAAGAGAUUGGUAAGAGGGAGAGAGCGUGUGUAUGUGCAUGUACACACCUGUGUGUGUGUGUCAUUCCAGUUGACCUUGACCGUUGUCAGGAUGCACCAUAACUGUCCAUCUCCUUUAUGAUCUUAUUAAACAUGGUAGUUAAACAUCUCUCUGUUUCACUAGCUAAUAACUCCAUCCUCAUAACCACACUAUAGUAGCUAUUCUGCACCUGCUACUCCACACCUGUCUAAAAACCAAAGAUCCUAACAGUAGGGAGGGCGUCUCGUUGUCAAAAUCUGCCCUGCUCACUGUUCCCCCUGUACUUCCACUGGGCUCUCCUAGCUCAAACUACAGAACACACACACAUUGUAUAGUCGUAAUCAGAUGGUGUGGAUUGUGGCAGUCAGUUCUGUCCUGUGUUUCUGUAUUAUCCCAGCAGUGCUAAGAGGCUUAUAGUAUGUAUACUAGUGAGAUCCCACAGCCCUACUGCUCUCCUGUACCACACCACAACACUGACGCUUAACGGCUUUUCUCUGUGCUUACCAGGCCUGUGUGUAUCUGUAGGUGUUGUAAUACUGUACUAUAGCCAGUAGGGUCUGGCACCUCUGUCGAAACCAUAUGCUCCACUGUUAUUUAGACUGUCACCUUCUGUCUCUCAAUGCUAUUAACCAAUAAGAAUAAAACACACACACACACACAAAGGCACACACAUACAAACGCACGCUCGAACACACACACGCACACACACAUAUACACACACACACACGUAAAACACACACACAUAAAGAACACACACGUAAAACACACACACACGUGACUACUUCAAUCUCCGGAGUCCUUGACCCUGUGCGAGUUUACACAGUCUAUUGAUUUAACCUGGCUCAUUCCCUGGCCCUGACCCAAAAGAGGGCAGCCUAUUGUCAUCUGGCAGUGAAGCACAAGUGGGCUAGUGUGUGUGUGUCCAUGCAUGCGGUGUGUGUGUGUAUGUUCAGCGAGACAGCAGGAGAUCAGGGAGGUGGGUGUUAAUUAAGGGGGCUGCGUUAAUUGUAUGCAAACACAUGCCCAUGCUAAUUACUGUUUCCUUGGAGACCGCUAAUUGAUAGGUGGUUGUCGCAGUGAUAAGGAGCAAGGGAUGGGCAGAGAGAGAGAGAUGGAGGAAAGAGGAGGGCAGGAAUCGGAUGUGAUGAGCUCUGUGUGUGUGUGAAAGUGUGUGAACAGUAAAAGUACCUACAUGUAAUGUUCCAUCCCUCCACCUCAACUCACCCUGUCUCCAUAUGUCUGUUAUUGUUUGAGUGUGUGAUACAUCAUUUCUGUGUCUGUGUUUCCAUCUCAUCCCACCAUUCUCCAUCUCAUGUGACUGUGCAGAAUGCUCAAAAUGGUCACCAACAACAACAACAACAACAACAGUCUCUGAUAGAUCUCAUGGAUAUGGACAGUGUAUGGACACCACAGGUAAGGUGCAUUAUGAAGGACUGGCCAUCAACGCAAAGGGUGGCUAUUUGAAGAAUCUCAAAUAUAAAAUAUAUUUUGAUUUGUUUAACACUUUUUGGGUUAAUACAUGAUUCCAUAUGUGUUACUGCAUAGUUUUGAUGUCUUCACUAUUAUUCUAAAAAUAAAGAAAAAUCCUUGAAUGAGUAGGUGUCCAAACUUUUGACUGGUAGUGUAUAUUAAGAUAUUUAAGUAAUUUAGUAAUGAAUGUUUGUGACCUCUGCUGCUACUAAUGAAUGUAAAAACUUCAGUAUCUGAUUGAUUUCAGAGAGGGGGAGGGGGAGAGAGGGAGGGCCUUGAGAGCUGACAUAAAGGUCAAAUCUACAUCAGACAGAUGGAGAAGUCGGAGAGAGAGGGAGGUGGUCAGGUCAGAGAGGGAUGGAGGGAUGCGAGGAGGGGGAGGGGUCAAGCUUUGGUCAUCCUGUCCAACAGAGAGGGUCUGACUCACUCCUCACAGCUCAUUAAUAACACAGAGGAUAUAAUCAGCUCAGUACUGACCCAGGCUUCGUCCCAAAUGGCACCCUGUUAUUUAUUUUAGUAACACACUACAGUGACCACACUGACCGACCACAGAGGUCAGAAGUGACCCUCCCUCAGCUCCGGGAGAUUCAGACUAACACUAUCAGCCAUAGGUGUCAGUAAGUUCAGGGUUAAAAGAAAGACAGGGUAGUGUCAGUGUACAGUAUACUAUAUACAGUAUCUCCCUCGGACUGUGAGUGUUGUCAGUAACAGUAUGUACAUAACUCCUCCUCUCUCCUCCUCUCUCACUAACAGCAGAAACACUCAGUUCAGCUGUAUGGCAAGAAAUGACACGCUCUUUCUGAUCCAUUAUCUGAUAGAUAGACACUUUAAGCUUUAGAAUAUAAUAAGAGCGCCAUGGUCUGUGUGACCUAUUAGUUUAACUAGUGGAGCCAGAAAGUAGAUAUUCUAAGAAGCGUCUGUGCAGACAUGAUCCCCAGAGCCCUAUGCAGCAGAAUACUGGAGAUAGAUCUAGCUCUAUACAGUGGGGGGGAAAGUAUUUAGUCAGCCACCAAUUGUGCAAGUUCUCCCACUUAAAAAGAUGAGAGAGGCCUGUAAUUUUCAUCAUAGGUACACGUCAACUAUGACAGACAAAUUGAGAUUUUUUUUCUCCAGAAAAUCACAUUGUAGGAUCUUUAAUGAAUUUAUUUGCAAAUUAUGGUGGAAAAUAAGUAUUUGGUCACCUACAAACAAGCAAGAUUUCUAGCUCUCACAGACCUGUAACUUCUUCUUUAAGAGGCUCCUCUGUCCUCCACUCGUUACCUGUAUUAAUGGCACCUGUUUGAACUUGUUAUCAGUAUAAAAGACACCUGUCCACAACCUCAAACAGUCACACUCCAAACUCCACUAUGGCCAAGACCAAAGAGCUGUCAAAGGACACCAGAAACAAAAUUGUAGACCUGCACCAGGCUGGGAAGACUGAAUCUGCAAUAGGUAAGCAGCUUGGUUUGAAGAAAUCAACUGUGGGAGCAAUUAUUAGGAAAUGGAAGACAUACAAGACCACUGAUAAUCUCCCUUGAUCUGGGGCUCCACGCAAGAUCUCACCCCGUGGGGUCAAAAUGAUCACAAGAACGGUGAGCAAAAAUCCCAGAACCACACGGGGGGACCUAGUGAAUGACCUGCAGAGAGCUGGGACCAAAGUAACAAAGCCUACCAUCAGUAACACACUACGCCGCCAGAGACUCAAAUCCUGCAGUGCCAGACGUGUCCCCCUGCUUAAGCCAGUACAUGUCCAGGCCCGUCUGAAGUUUGCUAGAGUGCAUUUGGAUGAUCCAGAAGAGGAUUGGGAGAAUGUCAGAUGAAACCAAAAUAGAACUUUUUGGUAAAAACUCAACUCGUAGUGUUUGGAGGACAAAGAAUGCUGAGUUGCAUCCGAAGAACACCAUACCUACUGUGAAGCAUGGGGGUGGAAACAUCAUGCUUUGGAGCUGUUUUUCUGCAAAGGGACCAGGACGACUGAUCCGUGUAAAGGAAAGAAUGAAUGGGGCCAUGUAUUGUGAGAUUCUGAGUGAAAACCUCCUUCCAUCAGCAAGGGCAUUGAAGAUGAAACCUGGCUGGGUCUUUCAGCAUGACAAUGAUCCCAAACACACCGCCCGGGCAACAAAGGAGUGGUGAGAAGCAUUUCAAGGUCCUGGAGUGGCCUAGCCAGUUUCCAGAUCUCAACCCCAUAGAAAAUCUUUGGAGGGAGUUGAACGUCCGUGUUGCCCAGCGACAGCCCCAAAACAUCACUGCUUUAGAGGAGAUCUGCAUUGAGGAAUGGGCCAAAAUAACAGCAACAGUGUGUGAAAACCUUGUGAAGACUUACAGAAAACGUUUGACCUGUGUCAUUGCCAACAAAGGGUAUAUAAUAAAGUAUUGAGAAACUUUUGUUAUUGACCAAAUACUUAUUUUCCACCAUAAUUUGCAAAUAAAUUCAUUAAAAAUCCUACAAUGUGAUUUUCUGGAUUUUUUCCCCUCAUUUUGUCUGUCAUAGUUGACGUGUACCUAUGAUGAAAAUUAUAGGCCUCUCUCAUCUUUUUAAGUGGGAGAACUUGCACAAUUGGUGGCUGACUAAAUACUUUUUCCCCCCACUGUAUAUGGCUCUGAUUGGCCCUAUCUCUGAUUUAUGCUAAUCUCUGACCAUGUCUCCACAGGGCUAAAUACCUUAUUAAUGCUAGAAAAUAUGUGAUGAGAGAUGUUAGAGAGAUAUGAAAUGGAGGGAUUUUGAAGAAAGAGAGACAUAUAUAGAGAGAUUGAAGUUAAAGGAAGAGAGAUAUGAGAGUAUAUGGAGAUCUGUGGAUUAGGGUAACUUGGAUCAGGUAGGUACUGUAUGUCACCUCCACCAAUCAUAUCACUCCAUUAAUUCAUGACAUCAUCACCUAACCACCCCUGGCUCUUUCCCUGUGGCUCAGUUUGAUGAUGUCACUGUGCCCACCAGAGGUAGGUACCAGGUCGCGUUUGGCAUGUUGCGUGUUCUGUGUUUUCGUAAUGUGUGUUGACAUGCAACACUGACGUUUCUAUUGUAGCAUGAUGUCUGACGGCUGUGAACUCUCUUUCUGAUUGGCAGAAUAUCAACCAAUUAGAGCUCUUCGGAGACAUCUCUACACUCCCGGACAUCUACUCCCCUUCGGUGAGUACACCCCCCCACCCUCGCUCUCUCCUGACCUUUGAUCUGGCUGUAGGUAGACAACUGUGUUGUGUGUGUGUCUGUUUGGCUCCCCUGAAGGUGUAAAGUAGUUUUAACUUGUUCCUCCCCACUCUCCUCCCUCAGACCCCUGCCUCUCCAGACAACACCCUGGACCCCUCUCUGGGCCUGCAGCCCCCCACGGAACUCUUCACCCCCUUCAACCCCGCCUCCGUACCCUCAGGUAGGAACUCUCCCCUCCCCUAUACUCUCUUCUUCUCUCCUCUCCCCUCUCUUCUCCUCUCUUAUUCUGUCCUCUCCUCUCCUCUUUGGAGCAGAGCUGGAACAAGCAGCUCUGAGAAGAGAUGAGUCUGAGAGUUAUAGUGAGUCUGUACAGUUUCAUGAGUCUGUGUGACUGUCUGAAUAGGUCUGUACAUGAUAUGACUGAGGCUCAUCGUGGAUGUAAUGAUAAUAGUUCAGCAGAACCAUUAAGACACAACAUUAACUACAGGCUAUAGUAGGUCACUACUGCAGUGGUACAUGGGGUACUCUGUGUGUGUCCAUGCCAUGUGCAUGUGUAUAACUCGCUCUUCUCCUCUCUGUGUCUAGGUUAUGUGACGAUGGGAGCGGUACCUCCAGGUCAGGUGUGGUCCCAGCAGGCAUUUGCUGCCCAGGCAGGUCCUCUGUUCGGGGUCCAGUCCCCCCUGGGUCAGUCCCUCCCUGUGGCCCAGGUCCUACCUGGAGGCCAGCCUCUCAUCUGGGGCCAGGCCAACCUCUUCCCUGCUACACAGCAGCAGUGGGCCGCUAUGACGGGAGCAGGUAUAUACACACAGACACAGACAUGUAGGUAUGUACGCACACACACGCAUGCACAUACAUGUAUGCACACACACAGAGAUGCAUGCGCGCGCACACACACACUAAAGUGUAUUUUCCUGUAUCUAGGGUUCCCUGCUACAGCCUACCUCCCAGCCCAGCCAGGGUCUCUGCCUACCAUGUUCCUCCCUGUUAAUCAACCCUGCGACAGCCUAUCAUCUGCUGGCGCUGCCUCUAACCCUGCCCCCUCAUCAGCCUCCAGUCCACAGCAUGCAGAGAGGCAGCGGCAGAAGAUGAGCAAGGUAAGAUCAUUUUAUUCCAUUGAUUUUAUUUAAACCAAACAAAUGGCCUGGCCAAGACACACAAGCUCUAUACAAUAGCUUUUUAUUGGCCAACAUCUUACAUAGUCUGUCUUUAACAUCUUCUGCUCUUUCUGUAGGAGAUGUUUAAGGACUUCCAGCUAGCAAAGCCCCCUGCCAUGCCAGCUAAGAUGGGGGACCAGCACCAAUGUCUAGCAGGGACCUCGGAGGCCUUCAGUUCCUAUUUCAGCCGCGUGGGGACCGCCACUGAUACAGACGACUGUGACGACUUUGACAUCUCUCAGCUCAACCUCACACCUGUCACCUCUACCACGCCCUCCACUAACUCACGUAUGUACAUACUCCUGGCUGGUUGUAUAUGAGAUAACUCUCUGUUUGGAAGUUCCCUCCACCCCUCAGACCAUUCGACCUCCAUGUUUGUCUCAACUCCCAGUCUUUUUUACAUACUGUAUCUCAUUUUAUCAAUUGUAAUUUGUUUUAUUGUAUGUGUUACUGCAAUUACAGUUUUUUUCAAUUGCUAACAAGCAUCGGUCAAUACUGAAGCCACUUUUUCAAAACUCUUCACACAGUCUGCAUUACCAACAUGCAUCUUGGCCAAACAGUUAAUCUCACCUCCAAAACUCACUAAACCACCAAAACACUUCAUACAUGUCUCAAAAUAAGCUUGUUCGACCACAACACUGGCAACAAUUCUCACUCAGAAAGCAUACAUUGUCACUCAUAACUCACUGACCUAAAAAACACUAACAACAGGGAGCAUUACAUAAAUGAUUAACUUUUCUCUUUGAAGUUUGAAUGGUUUUUCACAUAAAUCAGUAUUUCAUUAUAGAAUAAGAAUAACACCUUUUCACUUUAUUGACUGUACUAAAGUAUAUGUAACAAGAAUGAUUCAGAAAUGCAGCAAUUUGCUUCAAUAGCCUUUAUAUUUUCUAUAUCUUAAAAAAAAUAUAUAUAUAUAUAUAUAUAUAGUAAUUUACUUGUGAAAAAUAAAAAGUUUAAACAAAAAACUAAUUCCUGAAAUUCCAGGACUGCAAUAAUAAUUUAAAAAAUAAUAAUCAACAACAUGUAUAGUAUAAUCACUCAUACUGUAGAGUACUGUGAGGGUUCUAGUUCUCCCCCUCUCCUGCAUUUGGCCACUAGUUCUCAUCAACAUCACAUCUUAUUUCUUCUCUGGCCAUGCAUCUUGGAAAGUAUCUUCUGGAAUGUCUAAUCCAACCCUGGUAGUCUUCAGGAGAAGUGUCUCCACACCCUGCAUUCAUAGCAUCCAGUAAGGACAUCUGGUCAUGUGGAUGAUGGUCAUAAACCUUCCACCUCCACGCAGAGAAGAACUCCUCUACGGGGUUUAAGAAGGGGGAGUAUGGAGGCAGGAAUAGUACUGACAUUCUGGGAUGUGCAGCAAACCAGUCUGUGACUGCAGCAGAGUGGUGGAAUGCCACAUUAUCCCACACAACAACGAAGGUAGAGGAGUUUCUUGCCCCUCUCUCUUCCACUGGCACAAGUCGAUUAUGCAGGUCAUCCAGAAAAUAAAUGAGCCUCUCUGUAUUGUAGGGGCCAAUGAGUGGUUUGUGUAACACAAACCAUCAUUGGACAGUGCUGCACACAUUGUGAAAUUAGCUCCUCUCUGGCCUGGGACAUCCACGGUUAUUCUCUGUCCAAUCACAUUUCUUCCCCGGCUGUGUUUUUUUGCCAGGUUGAAUCCAGCUUCAUCCACAAAGAUGAAUGUAUGUGCAGUUUGCCUGUCUUCCAUCUCCAUUACUCUCUAAAAUACAGUAAAUCCACAGUUUUACAGUACUUUACAUUAUACAUAGCUGUGUAUGUACCCUGUUUGGUUAUUGAACAGACAUCUUACCUGGACAUAUUGAUACCGGAGUUCUUUCACACGUUCACCGUUUCUCUCAAAGGGUACGGUGUACAACUGCUUUAUCCUUAUUUUAUGUUUCUCUAGGACUCUGGCAAUUGUCGUUGUGCUGACUGUAUUCACAUUCCCGAAAGUGAUAUUGUCUGCCCACAGUUUUAUUGCAUUGUUGCCAAUUACCAUGUCAACAAUGGCAAUUUCCUGCGCAUCUGAUAAUAUUCUGGCUCUCCCUCCUGUGGGAGGCAACCUUUGGAUUCUACUGAAAAACACAAAACAAUCAAUAUAUUUCAAAAUGUCAGUACAAAAAUGUGAACAUACUGUAUUGUACUGUAAUAUGUAGUUCAAUUAUCAUUGAAGGAUGCACAUCUCACCUGUUGUUUUGCCGGAAAAUCUGUACUAUUGAUGCAACUGUUGAACGCUGGAGAUUUGGUUGCACCCUUAAACCGGCCUCUCUCAAAGAGAGACCAUGGAUUACAAUAAUAAUUGUGGCCCUUAUCUCAUCAGAGACAACCGCUCUUGCUCUUCCUCUCCUUUGUCCUCCAUGCAUUCUUCCUCUCCAUGCCACUUGUUACGAACCCCGUGGCUUUAAACGUCUAGGGUGGAUGGAGAAGAGACCCGUAACAUAAUUCAUGCAAAUUAGAAUGAUGACAUGGAACAGUGAGGACAAAAACUACACGACAACCAUAAACUACCGUCAAACAUAAAAGGUUUAUUUUUAAACACACGGUAAAGGUUUGGGAAAAAGGGCUGAGCAGGACCCAAGAAAUGAAACAAUAGUGUAAAACACCCCUAAACUGAUCUUGCCUGCCUCAAGAACCGCUAAGCUACUGCUAAUCAUACAAAAGUACAGUGGGUGGUCCGCUCAGGUCUAACUAGUGUUUUUAGACAGAUUUCUUCCUACGGGUAAUGUACGCCCAAGGGCAACUUGCUUAAAUUCCCCUUUUCCCAGAAACACACAAAGUUACCAAACAGAGUAACCAGCAAAUGAGUGAGUACACAAAACACCACAGUAUCCAUACUCACAUACGGAAAUAGUCUCUAACAAAGUUAUCAAACAGAGUAACCAGCAACUUAGUGAGUAAACAAAACACAGGACACCACAGUAUCCAUACUCACAUACGGAAAUAGUCUCUCUAAGUUACCAAACACAACUGACCGGCUUUUAAACAAUGGGAUGUGUGAUUGAAAAACCAGCAACAGGUGGUGCAAUGCAGAGGAAUGUUCACUGAUUGGUCCACCUUAGCAAUCAGCAGACCCCCCAACGACCACCAAUCAGGAACAUACAGGACACCUGUGAUUAGGGCAGAAGGAGAGGAAAAACACAAAAAGACACAGGAUACCUGUAUCCGUAACACUCCCACCCUUAAAAGAGCAAACCACAAUGGUUUGCGAUACACGUACCAUCACAACACCCAAAAUUCAAAGAUCAACAGCAUCCUGACGGGAUAACAAAAAAAACCUAGAUCUUUAAACACGAGACAAAGCAUCUGCCAACACAUUAUCCAACCCCUUUUUGUGGCGGAUCUCCAAAUUAUAUAAUUUUGCACGACAAGUGCCCAACGCAUAAGGCGUUGGUUCUGGUUGUACAUCCGAUGGAGAAAAACUAAGGGGUUAUGGUCAGUAUACACUAUCACUGGUAAUGCACUGGAACCAACAUAAACUUCAAAGUACUGCAGAGCUAACAACAAAGCUAGAGCUUCUUGUUCAAUGGUGGAAUAGUUUGUCUGACAUUUGUUAAAUUUCCGUGAAAAAUAACAGACAGGAUGGUCCACUCCACUCUGGUCCUGCUGCAGUAGAACAGCACCAGCACCUCUGGCACUUGCAUCUACCUCCAGUUUAAACGGUCGUUCAAAAUCUGGCGCAGCAAGAACAGGAGUACUACAUAAGAGUGCUUUAGCAGUGUUGAAAGCAGUACGACAAUCUUCAGACCAUACAAAUUUUCUCGCCGGACUGAGCAAAUCCGUUAAUGGAGCAACUACCGCAGAGACAUUUUUACAGAAACUACGGUAGUAGCCAACCAUCCCUAAAAAGCGGCGUAGCUCUCUUCUGGUGGUAGGUGCGGGAAAUGCAUUUAUAGCUGAGACCUUGGCAUCUAGAGGGCGCACCUGACCAUGGCCGACCUGUUUACCAAGAUAAGUAACAGUGGCCUUCCCAAACUUGCACUUUGCUAAGUUCAGGGUUAGAGAAGCGGCUGCUAGAUGUUCACACACUACCCUUAGAGUGUUAACAUGAUCAGACCACUCAGUUGAAUAAAUUACCAGAUCAUCAAGGUAAGCACUACAAUCAGGAACUCCAGCCAAUACUGUGUUAACCAGGCGUGGAAAGUGGCUGGUGCGUUCCGCAUCCCAAAUGCCAUGACAGCAUAUUGUAGGAAGUGAUCUGGGGUCACAAAGGCAGAGAUGUCGGAGGCACGUGAGGUUAACGGCACCUGCCAGUAACCUUUUAGAAGAUCUAGUUUGGUUACAUAAGUAGCAGCACCAACAGUAUCAAUACAGUCAUCCAGUCUGGGUAACAGGAACGAGUCGGGCACUGUGACAGCAUUGACCUUCCGAUAGUCCGUACAUAAUCUGGAUGUCCCAUCAGGUUUAGGAACCAGAAUGCACGGAGAACUCCAAGGACUUGAACUUGGCAUAGCCAGGUUAUUCUCCAGCAAAUAACCGACCUCAUCCCUCAUUAUCUUUCUUUUAGAGACGUUGACACGAUAAGCAUGUUGCUUGAUAGGUGCAGCGUUUCCAACGUUAAUGUCAUGUUCUAACACAUUUGUGCAUGUAGGAACAUCAUUAAAAAGACAUGGAAAGCUGUGUAAUAGUCUCAUAAUAUCAUCUGACUGUCCGCCCGUUAAAUGAAUCAGGCUUGACGGGAGAGACAGCAGCAUCUCUGAAUUGGGCAAUCUAGCACACUGCUGCUGAGUAUUGCGCAACUCCAAACCAUCUCCGUCCACAUCAUUAACAUGACCUCCCACUACAGCCGUAGCAGCCAUAGAGACAGCCGACUCGGCCAGUUUCUCUGGACUGUCUAUCUGAGUGACGGGUCUGGUGUGGUAUGUCUUCAACAUGUUAACGUGGCACACACGAGAUUGGCGUUUUCUAUCAGGAGUCUGUAUCACGUAGUCAGUUUCACUUAGUUUCUUUUCAAUGACAUAAGGACCAGAGAAACGUGCUGACAAUGACGCUCCUGGCAAAGGCAACAAUACAAGAACUUGGUCACCUGGCUGCAGUGAACGAGAAACAGCCUGUGUGUCAUAGUGUCGUUUCAUCCGUUUCUGUGAGGAAGACAGUGCUUCCUUUGCUAGAGCACAGGCACCAUGUAGGCGCUCACGAAAGCGACUAACGUAGUCCAACACAUUUUCUUUCACACACAACUCUUGUGACAAAAACUGAUCCUUAAGGACUUUCAUAGGUCCUCUCAUGGUGUGUCCAAACACCAGUUCAGCUGGGCUGAACCCUAGGGAUUCCUGUACUGUCUCACGGACAGCAAACAAAACUAGAGGAACUCCCUCAUCCCAAUCCUUCUCAGAUUCCAAGCAAUAUUUACGGAGCAUAGACUUCAGUGUCUGAUGCCAACGUUCAAGCGCACCCUGAGACUCUGGGUGAUAUGCGCUUGACAUACGGUGUGUAACUGACAAGGAUUUUAACACUUGUUUGAAAAGUUUAGAAAGGAAAUUCGUACCCUGAUCAGUUUGUAUCACCUUAGGUAACCCAAAAGUUGAGAAGAAUUUGAUCAACGCUUUACUCACCACCGGAGCAGUAAUCCUUCGCAGAGGAAUGGCCUCUGGGUACCUGGUGGCCACACACAUAAUCGUCAACAUAAACUGGUUACCAGAUUUUGUCUUUGGUAAUGGUCCAACACAAUCAACCAUCACAUGUUCGAAUGGUUCACCUAUGGCCGGUAUGGGACAAAGAGGCGCGGGGGAAAUAACCUGGUUCGGUUUCCCAGUUACUUGACAGGUGUGGCAAGUCCGACAGAACUGAGCCACAUCUUGUUUUAAACCAGGCCAAAAGAAAUGUCGCAAAACUCGAUCAUAAGUCUUGGUGACUCCCAGAUGUCCGGACCACUGGUGAUCAUGAGCGAGGGAUAAAACAUUUUGUCGAAAGGCUGUAGGAAUCACUAUUUGGUAAACAGCAUUCCAAUCUCCGCCAGCGUCAACAUGGGAUGUCCAUUUACGCAUGAGGAGAUUACCAUCAAUGAAGUAUGCCAUGUUUUUCUUCUUUAGCUCCUCCUCUGAGACAACAUUAGAAAAACAUUUAGCCAGGCUAAUGUCAACCUUUUGGUUAGCGAUCAGCUGCUCACGAGUGACUGGUAACUGUAUUGCCUCAGCAACAAGUUCCACAUCCUUCUUCCUUUCUCUGGACUGUUGGUCAGACUGCACCAGCUUACCAGAGGUAGCACCCGAACUAUCCUCUGGGUCACACUCUCUGAAUAGAACCGUGUUCGACAAAUCUAUCACUUCACCCACUUGUCGUGCUUGAGCACGUGUGACAGCACAAGCGGGGAACACAUCUGGAUAACCCUGUGCCAGCUCCUCGGAGAGAGACUGGUCACUUUUAUCCAAUACCUCCAAUACGGGUAUCACCUUUCCUCCGGCAAUAUCGUUGCCCAUUAUAAAUGUCACACCUUUUACUGGUAACAUAGGACGUACGCCAACUCUGAACACUCCACUGACUAACUCAGAGUGUACGUUCACAAAGUGCAAUGGCACUGGGACAAAUCCCAUUUCAAUUCCUUGUUCUAACACACUGGAACCACAAUAUGUAUUAUUGGACAAGGGCAACACAUCAGAUAGUAUGAACGACUGCGCCGCACCAGUAUCUCUGAGGAUUCUAACUGGACGCUGAGACGCUUCGUCAUCUGAUAUAGAAACAAACCCCUCAAAAAUGAACGGUUCAUAACUGUGAUCUGGGACAGGGACUUUCAAACCACAUUCACUAUGAGGCCUCUGUCUUGAUUCCGGCCUUACAACCGUACGAAUCAGCCCAACACCCGUUGGCGGCCUGGCGUGCUGAGGCAUCCCCUGUUUGCGUUUUAGCAGAAAGCAAUCAUUAACCAUAUGUCCCACCUUAUGACAAUAGAAACAGUGACGCACAUCUUUUGGGCGUGCUGGAUGUACUGCUGGUCGACUAGGACUAAAAGUUAGCAACUCCGCAGCCCUGCCCUCCGUACGAGCCGAAAACACGCUCUUAUGCGUCAACACAAACUCGUCUGCCUCUAGUUUACGCGUCUCCAGUUCUUGAUCAAGCCUACGCGUCUCCAGUUCCAUCUUACGCGUCUCCAGUUCCUGAUCAAGCCUAUGCGUUUCCAGCUUGUCUAGCCUGAUUUGUGCCCGCUCUUCCGCCUCCAUUUGGAGCCGUGUCGAGCGGACAUCCAUCCUGGCAUCACUGUCAGUCAGUGGGGAGAGUGGGUCAUAACGGGGCAAUGUGGCUGGAGCCUUAGCCUCAUCCUCAGACACUGAUGGGCUUACAGGAGCAGCAACCACAUCCCCUACAGGAGCAGCAGACUCAGGCAGCGGUAACUCAAGCACUCGCUCGUUCAACAAUAUCUCUAACACUGCUUUCCUCACUUCGGCUUUCACUAAAACCCUUGAUAUGGGUACAGAAAAGUGGUCAGCCAAAGCCUGUAGAUCCACUCUACGGCAAUUCUCAAAAACCUCCCACGUAGGGUUUUCCAAAAAUGCAUCCAACUCAAAAGUAGCCAUCCUAAACUAGCAACACGAGCCGUCGAAUACUGAACACACAAAAAAAACAGGUAGUUACAGCUGCCAAGCUCAACACUGAACCAGACACUAACUAAUUUGCAUGAGUAGCAUGGGUAUCAAUGAGAAUAAUCCCAGACGAACCCCCACAUUAUGUUACGAACCCCGUGGCUUUAAACGUCUAGGGUGGAUGGAGAAGAGACCCGUAACAUAAUUCAUGCAAAUUAGAAUGAUGACAUGGAACAGUGAGGACAAAAACUACACGACAACCAUAAACUACCGUCAAACAUAAAAAGUGUAUUUUUAAACACACGGUAAAGGUUUAGGAAAAAGGGCUGAGCAGGACCCAAGAAAUGAAACAAUAGUGUAAAACACCCCUAAACUGAUCUUGCCUGCCUCAAGAACCGCUAAGCUACUGCUAAUCAUACAAAAGUACAGUGGGUGGUCCGCUCAGGUCUAACUAGUGUUUUUAGACAGAUUUCUUCCUACGGGUAAUGUACGGCCAAGGGCAACUUGCUUAAAUUCCCCUUUUCCCAGAAACACACAAAGUUACCAAACAGAGUAACCAGCAAAUGAGUGAGUACACAAAACACAGGACACCACAGUAUCCAUACUCACAUACGGAAAUAGUCUCUCUAAGUUACCAAACACAACUGACCGGCUUUUAAACAAUGGGAUGUGUGAUUGAAAAACCAGCAACAGGUGGUGCAAUGCAGAGGAAUGUUCACUGAUUGGUCCACCUUAGCAAUCAGCAGACCCCCCCAACGACCACCAAUCAGGAACAUACAGGACACCUGUGAUUAGGGCAGAAGGAGAGGAAAAACACAAAAAGACACAGGAUACCUGUAUCCGUAACACCACUCUUCUUUCCCCACCAACCUGUCUUCCUUGAUCCAUGUUUCCAAACAUUCCGAAGCCGUCCGCUUCUGUCUGUUUGGUAACGAGACUAAAAGCAGGACACUUGGGUAGGCUUUCAGCUGAAAUUGCAAUCAGCUGUGUUUGGAAUGAUGAAAUAUUCUGCAGAGAUUUCCUAUAUGUAUCAAUCUGGUUACUGCAGAAAUGCACGAAAUUUGCAGUUUUUAACAGUUUUGGAAACAGUGUGUUAGCAUUUGAAAACGUGCUGCAAAUAUAUAGUUUUGCAGGUGGUGGAGUAUGAAUGAGAAAAGAGUUCAUCGAUUUCGGAGAAUGUGGUCAUUGAAUGCAUUUUGUGUGAAAGCAAUGAAAAAUGAUUCACAGUUUGGUCCACAUACACUUCUGUUUCGCUGACUGUGUGAAGACAAUGUGACUUCAGUUUUGACCAAUGCAUGUUAGCAAUUGAAAAAAACCUGUAAUCUUUUAGCUGCAGAAAUGAAAUAAAUCACGAUCAUCAUCAAUAAAAUGAAAUAGAGACAGUCGCUGUCCCCCUCUCCUCCCCCAGCUCCGACCCCGGCCCCCAGACAGAGUUCUCCGUCUAAAUCGUCGCCGUCUCACGUUAGUGACCACAUUGACCACAUCAGUGACCCCCCCACAGACGCCACCGACCCCCCCACAGAUGACUCGUUCGGCGAGGUGGAGGGCAGCCCCAGUCGCAGUGGAGAGGAGGAUGCGGUGAGUGCCUGUGUGUGUGUGCGUGCAUGCCCGGAGUGUGUGUGUAUGUAUUUAGAUCUGUUGAUGAAUAGGCUGUGUAGCAGCACAGUGGGCCAGGUAAUUACUCUCUCUGAUUGGCCACUCUCAUAGCUGGCCAGUGUGUGUGUGUGUGUGUGUGUGUGUGUGUGUGUGUGUGUGUGUGUGUGUGUGUGUGUGUGUGUGUGUGUGUGUGUGUGUGUGUGUGUGUGUGUGUGUGUGUGUGUGUGUGUGUGUGUGUGUGUGUGUGUGUGUGUGUGUGUGUGUGUGUGUGCGCGUGUGUGUGUGUGUGUGUGUGCGCGUGUGUGUGUGCGUGUGGCCAGUAAAGCAUUAAAUUAGCUGCUUGAAGUGUCAGAUAGAUCAUUAAGAUGUUAUUAAUGUUAGCAGGUGGCUCCAUACAUCAUCUGAUCUGUAGCACCAUGUUAUUAUUCAACUAUAUUAGAGAAAAACCCCUAGGGUCUUUUCUAGGUCAAUUAAUAUUUAUUAUUCACCUAAUCUAAGAGAGGAUGAGGAGAGAGGAGAGAGGAGAGAGAGAGAGAGAGAGCGAUAGAGAGAGCUCGAAGAGACGAGAGAUAGAUAUAUCGCUACGAGUCAUCUUAGCUCUCGAGUCAAAAGCCAUUCCGCUCCACGGCUGUGCUAAUGAGAGCGCUGUAGGUAGACACUUGGAGUAGAAAAAUUGGACAGAAAACAGGGCAGUGAGCAAGAGAUACUUAGAGAGAGAGGAAUGGGAGGAGACUAUUUUGAAUGAAAGCACUGGAGUCACCAACCUGACAAUGGUGAAAGAACUGAAUUGGAAGCUAUGCCUUCUACCAUUGAUUCUGUAGACCGUUAAUUCCAAAGUAUCUCCCCCUCUCCUCUCUCUCUCUCUCUCUCUCUCUCUCUUGCUCUCUGACAGAGGGGUAACUCAGCUGAACCAGGGGGAUCCAGAUAUUUUUCCAUAUUGCGAGAGGGCGGAGAGAAAGAGAGAGAGAAAGGGAGAGAGAGAGGGGGUGGGAGAGAAAGAGAGAGAGAGACAGGGAGAGAGAGAGGAACAGAGAGAGAGAAACAGCCUCCCACUCUGUGGUGAGGGAGUUAUUGUAAAGAGAUGAAGUUUUUCAGGAAUCAGUAGAGGGGACUUUUAUAACAGCUCAGUGUGUGUGGGUGUGUCCAUCCUUUCUCUCCUUUAGUACACUGCUACUCUGUCCCUUUGCUGUCAGUAUUCUCCUAUUUUAUUAUCCUGCUUUCACCUUUUUCUCUUUUUCUAUCUUCCCUUACUUCCCUGCUCUUCCCUCUCCUCUCCUCUCCUCUCCUCUCCUCUCCUCUCCUCUCCUCUCCUCUCCUCUCCUCUCCUCUCCUCUCCUCUCCUCUCCUCUCCUCUCCUCUCCUCUCCUCUCCUCUCCUCUCCUCUCCUCUCCUCUCCUCUCCUCCCUCCAUCCCUCUCUCCAGGCGUGUGGGUCUGGGUCUCCGUGUCCCAGUGAGACAGCAGGUUCUAGUCCAGCCCAGACCAGUCCACCUGCCGACAGCUAGAUAGAUGCUGGCUGGGUGCUUGGUAGGUCUCUUUCCCUCCUUCCUCCCCUCCUUCCUCUGCUUGCUGUCAGCCUGACUGUUGCAAGCACACCUUUUCUGAUCUUCAGUUCACCCGCUCUACUCUCUCUCUCCAGUCUUCCCUUUUAAUCUCUCCCUUCUCUCAUCCUGCCUGCUGCUUGCUCGGAUGAUGGCAUGAUGUGUCUGACUGCCUGUGGUCCUGUUGUGUGGUUCUGCACCUGCGUGUGUGUGUGUGUUGUCUUGUUGUGUCUCUUUGUUUGCUCUCCCUAUAGCCACCAGAGGUGUGUGAGUAUUACUGCAGUGUGUGUAUUUAAAAACAAUCUGAUGACUUCCUUAAUGUGCAUGGCCAUGCUGUCAUGAUAUUGUGUUGUGUUUGUCAUGCAUACAGUGAGGGAAAAAAGUAUUUGAUCCCCUGCUGAUUUUGUAAGUUUGCCCACUGACAAAGAAAUGAUCAGUCUAUCAUUUUAAUGGUAGGUUUAUUUGAACAGUGAGAGACAGAAUAAUAACAACAAAAUCCAGAAAAACACAUGUCAAAAAUGUUAUAAAUUGAUUUGCAUUUUAAUGAGGGAAAUAAGUAUUUGACCCACUCUCAAUCAGAACGAUUUCUGGCUCCCACGUGUCUUUUAUACAGGUAACGAGCUGAGAUUAGGAGCACACUCUUAAAGGGAGUGCUCCUAAUCUCAGUUUGUUACCUGUAUAAAAGACACCUGUCCACAAAAGCAAUCAAUCAAUCAGAUUCCAAACUCUCCACCAUGGCCAAGACCAAAGAGUUCCCCAAGGAUGUCAGGGACAAGAUUGUAGACCUACACAAGGCUGGAAUGGGCUACAAGACCAUCGCCAAGCAGCUUGGUGAGAAGGUGACAACAGUUGGUGCGAUUAUUCGCAAAUGGAAGAAACACAAAAGAACUGUCAAUCUCCCUUGGCCUGGGGCUCCAUGCAAGAUCUCACCUCGUGGAGUUGCAAUGAUCAUGAGAAUGGUGAGGAAUCAGCACAGAACUACACGGGAGGAUCUUGUCAAUGAUCUCAAGGCAGCUGGGACCAUAGUCACCAAGAAAACUAUUGGUAACGCACUACGCCAUGAAGGACUGAAAUCCUGCAGCGCCCACAAGGUCUCCCUGCUCAAGAAAGCACAUAUACAGGCCCGUCUGAAGUUUGCCAAUGAACAUCUGAAUGAUUCAGAGGAGAACUGGGUGAAAGUGUUGUGGUCAGAUGAGACCAAAAUCGAGCUCUUUGGCAUCAACUCAACUCGCCGUGUUUGGAGGAGGAGGAAUGCUGCCUAUGACCCCAAGAACACCAUCCCCACCGUCAAACAUGGAGGUGGAAACAUUAUGCUUUGGGGGGGGGGGGGGGGUUCUGCUAAGGGGUCAGGACAACUUCACCGCAUCAAAGGGACGAUGGACAGGGCCAUGUACCGUCAAAUCUUGGAUGAGAACCUCCUUCCCUCAGCCAGGGCAUUAAAAAUGGGUUGUGGAUGGGUAUUCCAGCAUGACAAUGACCCAAAACACACGGCCAAGGCAACAAAGGAGUGGCUCAAGAAGAAGCACAUUAAGGUCCUGGAGUGGCCUAGCCAGUCUCCAGACCUUAAUCCCAUAAGAAAUCUGUGGAGGGAGCUGAAGGUUCGAGUUGCCAAACGUCAGGCUCGAAACCUUAAUGACUUGGAGAAGAUCUGCAAAGAGGAGUGGGACAAAAUCCCUCUUGAGAUGUGUGCAAACCUGGUGGCCAACUACAAGAAACGUCUGACCUCUGUGAUUGCCAACAAGGGUUUUGCCACCAAGUAUUAAGUCAUGUUUUGCAGAGGGGUCAAAUACUUAUUUCCCUCAUUAAAAUGCAAAUCAAUUCAUAAAAUUUUUGACAUGCGUUUUUCUGGAUUUUGUUGUUGUUAUUCUGUCUCUCACUGUUCAAAUAAACCUACCAUUAAAAUUAUAGACUGAUCAUGUCUUUGUCAGUGGGCAAACGUACAAAAUCAGCAGGGGAUCAACUAAGCUACUACCUGGGCGGGCAGGUAUCUUAGUGUUUAAGAGCGUUGUGCCAGUAACCGAAAGGUUGCUGGUUCUAAUCCCCGAGCCGACUAGGUGAAAAAAUCUGUCGAUGUGCCCUUGAGCAAGGCACUUAACCCUAAUUGCUCCUGUAAGUCGCUCUGGAUAAGAGCGUCUGCUAAAUGUACUUUUUUCCCUCACUGUAGCUACAUCUUUGCCAUGGAAUAAAUAUUGCGAUACUGGUACCGUCACAGCCCUAGUAUAUUUUAUGGUAUAUAAUGGGACGUAAAAUGUAUAUAUCCUAGAAUGCCUAUCAGGUUAACGGAAUGUUUUGCAUUGAGAGACUUUCCACCAAUGGCAGUGGCUUUACAUGAUCUCUGACACAAUGAAGCUGCUUAUAGAACUGUGUGUGUAAGGAUAGGGGUGUCAGUAAGGCCCACACACAGGGAACUAUGUAAUGACAGUGUUUUCAUCACUGAUACUGGGCUGCCACCACUAAUGACUGGCUGCUAUUCAUUUACAUUAAUGAAAUCCCAUGAAGAAUCCUAAACCCAAUCACCACUCUCCUCCAUCAAACCUGCUGGGAUAUAUUCUCCCAUUCAAGUCUCCCACAUAAACACACAUGCGCGCACGUACACACUUUCACAUGCACGCCCGUACACACACACUGCUGUAGGAGGGAGGCAGACUUGAGUCAUAAUAACUCCCAGUCAGACACACACACACACAUACACACACACACACACAUAUAUUUUAUGGCCUGGGAAUUGCCAGGGACCUCACGAUACAAUAUUAUUGCGAUACUUAGGUGCCAAUACGAUAUGUAUUGCUAUUCAAUACUGUGAUUUUAAUGUGAUUCCAUGGUCCAAACGUAUUGCUAACCAUAUGUCUGCUGCAGAGAGACAAGAGAGAGCCAUGAGAAAACGAGUGUUGAUCAGUCAUGGAAAUGGAAGUGCUGAAAACAAAUUGGCUCCCUAUUUAAAAAGAAGAUGGAGAACAAGCUUUUAAGGAAAAAUAAUGGAGUUUUGGUGCAGGUACAGCCAACUAGAGCAAAAGUUAUAUUGCGGUAUUGUUAAAACAUUACGAUACGAUAUAUCGUCAAAAAGAAUAUCCCGAUAUGUAACUGUAUUGAUUUCUUCCAUCACUAACGCUCUAUCUAUGCAUACAACAAUACACUCGACCCAGCAACAUGGCUGUUCUCUCUGUCUGUAGCAGGGUGAUACUGUCCUCUGGUGUUGACAACAGGAACUGCAUGUGUUGAAGCUGGGAUUUGAGACUCUAGGGAGUAGGUAGGCAGAAGAGGACCUGGCCAGACCCGGGUCCAAAUACAUAUACUUUUAGCGUUUGCUUGAGUCUACCUGGAGUGCCACAUGGGUAGGGUUUGCGGUUUUGGGACUUGUAUACUGGUUUGAUAAGCCAGGCAAGCUCAAACAGGCACAAAUAAAGUAUUUGAAACCCAGGUCUGGUUCAGACCAAGUGGGUCAUGGUAAUGCUAACAUGCUAACAGUACCUCCUCUCUGUCUGUCACCAGGGGAAGGAUCUCUGUCUGCAGGGGAAGGAUCCUCUCUACGCCCAGGUCAACAAAGGGAAGAAAUAAAGAGACACACUGAACACUGGACUGACCAACCAACGCUGACCAACCAACCUGAUGUGUGUGUGUUACUCCUCUCAAGCAGCAGCCUGGCCUCCCCUCUAACAAGGAUGGAACACUCCAUCUACUCCCUCUACUCUCCUUUCAUUCAUUCCUUUCAUCUCUCUGUCUCUCUCUCUCUCUC